AUGCUCACAGUCUCCCCUAGUAUUUCCAGUAGCCAGUUUCAGAAAAGCUCUCAUGAGGAUUUUCAAAUGCAUGCUCAUUUGCAUUUUGGUGGUGGCCCAGGUUUUUAUAGUGGUCCUUUGGGUAUGGAUCUGGUAAUAUCUCUGCCAAGUGUAAUCCCUCCACCACCACUCCUGAAAUCAAAGACCCAUGUACAGUUUCACAGGGGAGAUCCACUUGGAGACAGAGUGGAAGGUCUCCAGAGUUAUAAAGGAAGUGGGGUGCAGUGGGAGUCAAAAUGGCUGGAGCUCUCUGACUGUCGGGAGGCGCCGGAAGCACCGGGAGCCGCCACAUGGCGCAGGCGGGGAGCGCCCACCGUGGGGUCGGUGGGCAGCGGAGCGCGGGCGCGGCCUCGGGGUGCGCUCUUUGGCGCUGGGCCCUGGCGCUGCUCUGGCUGCCGACAGCCGCGGCCGACCCCUCCCGGCGCCAGUGGCCGGUGCCCUACAAGAAACACAUUUAACGAAAUGGCCAAGUGGGUAAAGCGGGACAAUGAAACAGGGAUUUAUUACGAGACAUGGACUGUCCAAGCCAGCCCAGCAAGAGGGGCGGAGACAUGGUUUGAAUCCUACGACUGUUCUAAAUUCGUGUUAAGGACAUAUAAGAAGUUGGCUGAACUUGGAGCAGAAUUCAAGAAGAUAGAAACCAACUAUACGAGAAUAUUUCUUUACAGUGGAGAACCUACCUAUUUGGGAAAUGAAACAUCUGUUUUUGGGCCAACAGGAAAUAAGACUCUUGCUUUAGCCAUAAAAAAAUUUUAUUACCCCUUCAAACCACAUUGGUCAACUAAGGAAUUUCUCUUCAGUAUCUUGCAAAUUUUUGAUGCAGUGAUUAUACACAGAGAGUUCUAUUUGUUUUAUAAUUUUGAAUAUUGGUUUUUACCUAUGAAAUUCCCUUUUAUUAAAGUAACUUAUGAAGAAAUCCCUUUACCUAACAGAAACAAAACACUCUCUGGUUUAUAAUAUUUUAAUUCUGCUUUUUCUUUCCUUUUAUCACCAGCAUAUAUGUUUUUCACGGGGUGAUUUUACAUUUGUGGAUUUCUUAGGCCUUUCUACCUUGGACCAGAAAUGCACCUGGGCAGAAUUGCCCCAUACCAUCUCAGGACUAUUUUUGGAGAGAAGCUGAAACUUACUGCAUUGGUCAAAGUGGGCCCAUUAGGUGAUCUUGGUUUCAAACUCCAAGCCUUUCUUAAUAUGAAUUACAGUUCAUAUCAGAUAUAUAGGAUCUUUGGGGACACCCUUUUUUUUUUAAUUGUGGAUAUGGUGUACCAAGAUUUUUUUAAUACCCUCAGUGACAUUUUCAUGAUGGGAGGUACUUUUUUCUGGUACAGUAGUUAUGCAUUUUCAUUUAAGUACUUUUUGGUGGUUUAGACGGACUUCACAGCUUUUGUAACUUUUGGGACCAGGUCUAGUAGUUUGAUUUUGUUCUGUUCACUUAGAGACCAAUCUGGACACCAUAGCUGCAGCACUCGUGCUUCUGGAUGAGGUAAAAACAGUGUUAAAGAGCUCAAGUUUCUAGCUAGCAUUUUAGAAUUAGCCAGCAACUAGCAUUUUGUGAUUUAGGCAGCUUAGCAUUUCUGAACUUUACUGUCCUUAUGUCUAAGAUGAUUCAUCUGUCAGGAUUGUUGUAAAGACUGAAGCCAUGUAUGUUUGUCAUAGGAAAGUUACAGUAAAUGGUCGCUAUAAUGAUGAGUCAAAGAACAAAGUGCCAUCCUUGAUCUGGCCUAAUGUAGUUUAAAUGCCAACCUUUCCUGGGGUUUAUAGUAAUUCCCUAGACUGAGCUGACAGUUGAAUGCUUCUGCAAUUCUUCAAACACAGGGGACACAAGUAUCUGACUGCAGGUGCAUCUGGGUGAACAGGCACCCUCUGACUCCUCUACUCUUCUUGAAUUCCUUCCACCCAGUUGAGGUGCCAACUCAGAAGAGGGUACACUUCUCAGACAGGGGACAGGUUUUUGUCAAGGAUCUCCAAGUAGCUGUGCUUCAAGGUCCUUUAAAUGUUUGGUGAUGUCUAUUCAUGGAAAAAACACCACUCAGUAAGAUGAUGAAGCAGAGACAAUCGGUUAAAUAUGUAAACUGUUACUCAGUUUCUACUAACAUUUGAGUGCCUCUUGAGAGGUUAGUUAUCACUGAGUUCUCCUACAAAGCCCAAACAGAGGCAUUAUUUACCUGACCCAAAUGAGUAAACUGGGGCUUAGGUUAAAUGACCUUUCCCUGGCUACCCAGCUAAUGGUAACCGAUCCACAUUUUGAACCAGUUCUGUUGACUGCAUGGCAAACACUAUCAAGCGAGGUUUCACCGUUACUCAAAUAUGUAGUCCUCAGACCAGUGCCUGCACCACAGGUUACCAACACCAUAGGUUACUGGUCAAGUACAGACACGGAUAGGAAAGAUUCAGAAACUUCUUUUAAAGCAAUUUAUUGGAGUAAUUUUGUUUCUGUUGAAUCUAAUAAAAAAAUUG